UUAUUAUGAUACUCAGAGACUAUUAAAAUAUAUUUAAAAGGAAUUUUAAUAGGAAAGUAGAAAGGUGACAUUAUAAGUUGCAUACAGUCGUUUUCAGAAGCUUAAUGAAUGAUAAUUAUAAUUUAUUUGUUUAUUGAGAAUUAUUAAAAACCAGACUUUACUUAUUUAUUAUCUCAUAAAUUCAUUAUUUAAAUUAUUUAAUUUCAUUAAAUUGACUUCUAGUCUAAUUUUAACAGACAUUUUGAUUGAAUUUAAAUUAUUUAUUUUUGCCGACCAGUUUGGUAUAUUUGCCGUUUUCACUCCAUAUUAAUUUAUCAUAAUAUUUAAAUUUUGGUUUCAAAUUAUUUUGAUUUCAAAUGAUUUAUUUAAUUUCAUCAAAUUUCACGGCAGACACAUUUUUGAUGUUGGUAUAAUUUAGUUUUUUUGAUCGAUGUAUUCCGCUCUCAUAAACUGACGGUCGUUGUAAAUUUUCAUGCAUUCGAUAAAGACGGACAAUAUAACAGCUGUUGUCUAAAUUUAUGUCGCUAUAGGCGCAAUGGAAAAAUAUUGCAUAUAAUAUAAAAUAUACUAAACAGUGCUAAUGAGCAGUAUGUAUGUCUAAUGUCUAUUCGCGCACUUACGAAUAAUUUUGAUAAUUCUAAGUACUGAUCAUGCUCUUGUAUAAAUUUAGAAUAAAACAGGUGUUAAAUAUUUAAAACUGAGAUCCAACGACUGUUAUUUCAUGACCGUUUAAUGUUAGAAUAUUUAGGGCUGGGAACCUGCUGAUUAUUUAUUUAUAUAACUUAUAACCUGACCAUUCAACUCACUAUUUAUUGUAUAAAAUAUCCAAUAUCAAUAUCAUUUUAGAAAGUUGUGUUUUAUUAAUUAUCUGCAAUGUAGUAAACUCUCUCUAAAUUUAAAAACGUUGUUAUACAUACUAAACUUAGAAAUCCAUUGUGUUAAAUGCUUUAUAAAUUUGGUUACAAUCUACAAAUUGUAUAAUUAAUAUCAUUAAACAACAAAUAACCACACCACAGCGCUCCAUCAUGACAACAGGCGAGGUAGCCAUGAUAGAAGCACAGCUGAAGGAAGACCGAGCAAAGCUGGAAAUCCUCCAAAACAUGCUCAAAAAGAGCUCCUCUCUUACGGAAAACAUGAAAGAAAGAUUAACGCAGUUUGAUGACCGGCUGGUCAGGUUAAAGGGUCAGAUAAUGCCUGUUUACGACGAGAUGCAAGUUAAGAUAAGAGCUCAAUCUAACGGGGAGUUAGCUAUCAAGGAGUUGGAUAAGGUAGCCAGGUAUUAUUGUUUGAGGGAAGAACUUGAUAGGACUAUAAGUAAUGAUGUCAGUUCAAGUGUUCCAGAGUAUAUUAAAAACAUGAAGGAACUGUCUAGAGCUAUUAAAUUCUUUCUGGAUAACAAUCCCAAUAGUAAUGAAGUUAAGAAGCUUAAAGAACUUUUCCACACGGGUCUGGGAAAUAUGUGUAAGGAAUUUGAGGAUGUGUUAAAGAAGAAAUCCAGAAAUGUCGGGAUAAAAGAUAUGACUUCCGAUGGUGAUGAAUUACCUGUGAUACCUUUACUCAUACCUGAAGCUAAGCAGAGCCUAUCCUUGAUAUCAAAGUGGGUGGCUGAGAAUCAUGUUUUUGUGAAGAACAACUACCUUCCUGGUGUUGAUUUUGUCAAGAUUAUUUGUACCAACUAUGUGACCGUUCAGAAGAAAUACCUGAGGGAAAAGCUGGAGAUGUUAGCGAAUGCUGAGCAACUUGCUAUAUUUGCUAACGCUACCCCUAUCAUGGGGCGCAAGGUUAGAAAUGCAGAAAUAACAAGAAAAGGGUCCAAAUUAUCCAGAGAAAAUGUCAGGCGACAAAGUAAACGUGGCCAUAAGAGGACCCCAUCUGAUCAUACAUCUAUACAAACCAUCAAAGAGGACAUAAACGUAGAGCAGACAGCUAAAAGUUUCGCCAAAGUUGGCACUUAUUUCGCUCAGUUAAUAAAAUCAGAGUACUAUCAGAUCCAGGACCUGAUAACACCGUCCCUGUGUGAGAAAGUAUUUGUUGAUAUUGUAGAGCCGGCCAUGACUCACUUUGAGGGUGAAGGAAUGCAACUUGUAAAAGCGGCCAAGGAACAGAUCCUGAACAACAACUGGGUGGCAGUGUUCCCCCUGAUCAUGUUGUAUCAGAAUCUAAACAAGAUAAAAUGUAGUCUUAUCAGUGAGGACCAGCUUGACUUUGAAGCAGCACCCCUGGCUCCUAUCUCUAAUCUUAUCUCCGUUAUCACAACCUGUGUUAAAGAAACGCUGGAUCAGUUCAAGUGUUUUGUUGAGGAUGAUGCUGUGAAGACAUCUAAUGUAGCGAGUGACGGAACUGUUCACCAACUGACGAGUAAUGUGAUGAGUAUCUGUGGUCAGCUGUUAGCGUACGAGGAAACAGUCGGAACUUUACUUAAAGGUGUCCAGCAUCAGGGUACCAGGAAACUUCCACAAUCUAACAUUCACCGUCAGAUGGCUACUUAUAUUAACGGUAUUUUGAAGGCACUGGAGAAGAAUCUAGAAUCAAAGUCUAAAGUCUAUGAUAACAAGUGUUUGUCAGCGCUCUUCCUGAUGAACAACUACAACUACAUCAGGAAUAAUCUGAAGGAAUCGGAGAUACUGACGCUGCUGCAAGAUAACCACCAUGACGGUGUUGAUCUUGACGCCAGGUACAUUGACUGGAUACACAAGCAGAUGGAAGUAUAUAGACUCUGGUAUCAGCCCAUGGUUGAUGUGAUGGCGGACUCGAACACUGGCACCGUGUUCAGGGAGUCUGACAAGCUGAAGGAUAGUCAGAAAGAUGCUAUUAAAACUAAGUUUAAGGUGUUUAAUACCACACUGGAGGAACAGCUGAGAAUUCAGCAGAAGUGGGCGAUACCAGAUCCUCAGUUCAGAGAGUGGGUCAGAGAGGGGAACAUUGAGGCUAUUAUUUUCCGGUACGAAGAUAUGUGUAAACGGUAUGAAAAGGUGAAUUUCUCUUCAAAUAAUAAAAAGUAUAUCAUUUACUCGACGGAAGAUGUCGAGAAGACUUUGACCAUGUUCUUCGAUCAGAAAUUUUGAUUUUACCUGUAAAUGAUGUUUAAAUGUGAUUUCCUUUUUAAUUUUGGACUCGGGUCAGAUAAAACGUUUAGGUUUGACUGCUUGGUUUUCUUUAUUUUUGUUUUUUGUAAAUAUUAUGUGAAAAUUUCAUUUAUUCUUUGGUAACGA